UUCAGGGGACUUGUAUUUCAUAAUGACACAUUUAUUUAUUUCAGGUGACUUGUAUUUCAUAAUGCCACAUUUCCAUUCCUUAUAUGCAAAUGAACGGGGCGUGGUUAGCUCACAGAUCCAGACCAAAGCAACAGCACCACACUCCAGUACUCUUAAGUGGUUUGCAAGCUGCCAAUAAACCAAACCGGUUCAAGAACCAUUCUUGUGCUUUUCUGGUGCUUAACUGGUUCUUCUCUGGUUCUGAGUCCAGAGCCAGUUGCAGGCUACAGCCUGAUUUAGCUCUGGUUCUUCCUGUUUCAGCCGCAGCGGAGCCGGCUCUAAACACCGAAAACCGGUUCUUAGCGGACCCCACUUGGCUGCCCGGCAAGAACCAAGAACCACGCUCACGUCGGAAGGGGGCUAGAUUAACCUGAGCCAUAAUAACAGUUUAUGGCGAGAACGGAAAAUGAAAGUUGUAACAAGCAGUAGCGCUGAGCAAAGUGAGAAGAUCGUUCUUAUUAUACAUCCACAGUAAAGAUCAGUUGAGAGCUGAGAGCCGUUUCUGUGACUCCGCCCAAUGCUGCUCUUCUGAGAGCAACCGCUCUGACAGCUCUCUCUAGUCUCUACUGGGAAACAGCUAAAAGUCCUUCUGGAGGCUUUGCAUUUGAACUCCUAUGACUGUUUGCGGACUUGAAGGGAACGACUUCCUGGCCUUCCUGACAUCCAGGAAAAAGUUUUAUUGGACAGAGGCAGUAGAGAUCUACUGGAAACAGUGGAGAGGGAGGAGAUGAUAUGCAGCAAAAGGCCCAGCCGGAUGGUUGCUGCUCCGUGUGGAACGUGUUCUAUCAGAAAGGAUCAUGCCAGCCCACAUCAAACACCUGAUCAAGAGCUUGUGAACCUCACUGCUGCGGACACCUGUGUGAUAUUCGACUCUGACUGGAACCCUCAAAAUGACCUGCAGGCUCAAGCUCGGUGUCAUCGUUUUGGCCAGUCUAAGGCGGUGAAGGUGUACCGUCUGAUCACUAGAAACUAUGAUAGGGAAAUGCUGGAUAAAGCUAGUCUUAAGCUCGGGCUGGACCGUGCCGUCCUGCAGAGCAUGAGUGGGAACAAAAAAGGCAACAACAACCCGGUCCAGCAGUUCUCCAAGAAGGAGAUCAAGGACCUGCUGAGGAAAGGAGCCUACGCCGCCAUCAUGGACGAGAACGACGAAGGCAAUCGCUUCUGCUAG